AGUCCUAACCAUCAAACUGACAUGGACGGAUUAAAUACUAUCAUUCAUAACAACCUACUGCAUACGUUAAACAAGAUAGAUGAUAGAUAAUUUCUCUAUAGGCUAUACAAGAGUUAAUAAACAAAAGGACAACAUUUUUCAGCCUGCACGUCAUAGCCUAGCCUACUACAAUGGGCGUGGGAUUCCGCGACAGCUUUCAAAACUUAGCCUACAUUAAAAAUAAAGCAACAUAGUCUACCUGAUAUGGGCCUAUGCGAAAUACAAUGUUGGUUAGCCUAGGCUGUUUUAACAAUGGAACAUUUUGCUAUUGUAAAAGCAAUAUUUUCUGUUUAAUUUAUAUUCUACUGCUGUUGCUUUUCAUUUGUUUGUGUUGAUUUCACUGGGCUGAGUGUUCGUCUUAGCUGAUGAUCCCGAUAUUUUGUCACCAAUCCAAAUCGCCGCGUCUUCCUGGAACAACAGACCAAGACCAACCUAAAGAAUACGCAAAAAGGGGGUGUGCGUGUGUCAGUGUGGUGCACGGAAAACAGCAGUGGAAACGGAGUGAGAAGCAGAGAUUUUUUACUCGAAUACUGCAGCGAUGAAUACAUAAAUUAUGACAUAGUAAAACUGGCAUAGGUCGAUUGAGCUUCGCUUCAGACCCGAAGUAGCUUACGAACGUGAAAUAUCGGUUUCAAACCGUAAGAACGCGAGCCGCAUAAUCGUUUUCAUUAUGCGGGCGUGAAUUACAUACACUUGUACGAGGAGAAGGAAGAGAAGGGGAGCGGAGGGUCUGUACGAUUGCACUCCACCACCACUACUCGUCUCCACCCGAGUAAAAGGAGGGGGUCGAGAAACAGGCAGGUAUGUCGAACCGAAAACACCGGGAUAAUCAAGAGAUAUGCGCCCGCAAGGUCCGGGAGCUCGCCCAGUCUGGAGUCAACAAGCACUGCUUCGAGUGCAGUCAGCCCGGGGUGACUUACAUCGAUAUCACCGUGGGCUGCUUCGUCUGCACGUCGUGUUCUGGAAUGCUGAGAGGACUCAACCCUCCACACAGAGUCAAGUCAAUCUCCAUGACAACAUUCUCCCAACAGGAAGUGGAGUUUCUGCAAAACCAUGGCAAUGAGGUAGGGAAGAGGACAUGGUUGUGUGCCUUUGAUCCUAAGACAGAUGGAUGUUUUGACGCCAGAGAUGCUCAGCGACUAAAGGAAUUCCUUCAGGAUAAAUAUGAAAAGAAGAAAUGGCACAUUUCUAAGAAUAAGAAUCGAAGGGAGGUUGAAGGGCCCUGGAGUCCAGGGGCACAGGUUCUGCCAUCCGCCCAUCCUGCCAAUCAAGCAGCGUCCCACCCCCUGCCCCCCUCUGUGCGGCCCACACGGACACUGGUGAGAGGACGACACGGCAUCACUGACACUGGGAAUGGGACCGAGUCUCAGUCUCAACUUUCUUCUUGGGAUAGAGCGCCCUCUGUCUCUCCGGCAGACCUUCGUACGGAUGUCUUCACUGCCCGUCCAUCUCGCUCCCAGAGCUUCAGAGACCCGCCAAUCAAAGACUCCAUGCUAAGUGGUCUGGAGAGACAGCGGCCAAGCACGGUUUCCCCUGGCAUGGGUCCCCAAAGCCAUGCCCCCUCUUUCCCUGCUCUGCCCCGCCCCUCAGCCAGUAGCACUUUUAAAAACAGCUUCACCUUAGGUCGAUCUGUCUCCUCUGUCGGAGGCCCUGCCCCCUUCAGGGCGUUCCCCAAAUCCAUGAGUGUAGAUUUUGGGGGCCUUGGCCAGCACCCUGAAUCCGGUCCUGCCCCACCUGCCCCCCCCUCCCAGGAUAGAUAUGCAGCCCUGUCACAGCUGGACAGCGUUUUCUCAGACUCUUCAGCAGCAGCACCCCCUGGUGGUCCACCACAGUAUAGUACAGUCUUUGGUAACAGAGUGUCAUCAAGCUCCACUCCUACCAGUUCCCCUGGACUCACAGAACCAGUCUCCAGCCCCCAAAGCUUUCCAAAAUUCUCCAAUCCAUUUACCAGCACUGCCAGCCCACAACCAUCCCUUUCCCCCAGCAAUCCCUUUAACAGCACGACCACAGGUGACUCCAAUAAGUUUGUCCCUACGUCUGCUGUCUUCCCACAAUCAGCUAGCUUUCCAGCUCCCAGCACCCAAAGUGUUUUCCCCGCCCCACCAAACGGCAACCAAGAGGCAAAUGGUUUUGCAUCCUUCUCUAAAGCAGAAUCCAAGCCCAGAGCUGCUGGCCCUGUGUCUGUCAAUCCCUUUACUGGGACUGUAUAUUCCAGCAGAGGGACUUCACGAAACCCUUUCAUCUGAUACCAAGGCCCACCCACUCACUCCUCGUCCUUCCCAGCCGUGUCAUACUGGAGGGGGUGUUCAGCUGUCAUUUCAACACUUGUUGAGUGUUUUUACCAUCAGGCAGAGGGAAGUCCACAUGAGCCUUCUCCCCUGCUCUGUGUAUGCAAGUGCACAGGACACUGCACGCCCCUGCUCUAUUUUGAUAAUAGGGCCAAUCCAGGGCUGAGUAAUUUGUUGUAAGUGCACACGGCUUCUGCAAGGGUCAUUCCUAGUACCUGUCACUCAGUGCCUGUGGAUGGAUACCCAAGAUCAUGCAGAGUUUGCAUUGGCUUUUCAUUCACAGUAUUAAAGGGGCAAUUCACCCAAAAAUGAAAUUGUUAUUUUUAUAUCUAUCCAUCCAGAUAAGUUUUCUAGUUUUCUAGAUACCUGCUACAGCUCACCCUGAUAAAACCAACCUCAAGGGAGCCAUAUUUUUGUGGUGCUCAGUGUGUGCUGAAAAUCUACAUUUGGAAAGACUCAACAGCAACGCCUCAUUAUAAUGCCAGUUACUCAUGGACAUCCUCAGAGCUUAAUUUCUACACAGUUUCAUCAAGAAGGUCUUGUUUUACCGAAGUACACCAACUGUGUAUACCCGAGCAAAGUCUCAUGCAUGCAGACUAGUCUGAAACUAGAAUGAAAACGCAUAACCGCUUUGAAAUACACAAAUUGUACACUGAAGAGUAGGCCACUGCACUGAUUCGGACACAGCCCAAGGCUCAAAAAUGUUCACUUCCAGGUUUUAGCACGACUGUAACGACUGGCCUGCUUUUGUUGAGAUCGUGUGGAUAUACACUGUUGGCUUACUUCAAUAGAAGUAGUAAGUUCUAGGUGGAAGCAUGCACAAAUUAAGUCCUAUGGAAGUCUUUGAGUAACCGUGGCAUUAUAUUUGGAAAGAGACGUUGCCGUGGAGUUUGAAUGUAAAUUAUCAACGCGUUGUGCAGCACAAAAAUAUGGGGCCGCGGAGGUCCGUUGUGUCAGGAUGUGCUGCAGUAAAUAUCUAGAAGAUUCAUCAAACUUCAGCAAAAAUAUCUGGAUGGAUAGAUAGUACUCUGGGUAAGUAGAAACAUGCCUUCAUUUAAUUGUUGGGUGUACUGCCCCUUUAAGACUUUAGCUCAUGGGGGAAAUGGAGUCCCUGGAGGCCCAAAUGGGUAUGAUCCUCCCCAGCUGUUUCACGCAUCAACAACAGCACCUUCUCAAUGGGACCUCACCUCUGCUUCAGAAAAAUACCUGUCAGUAAUAUAUUCAGCUUGCUUUCGAGCCAUUUGAGACAUUGUAUAUAAGCAAAGAAAUGUGGGACAUUGUGCGUGAAGUUAAAGGCAGACAAUAGCAACCAAGGAGUAUCCCACCAGAGCUAAGCAUUUUAUAUGGAAGCCCCACAACACCUAAUGCAUGUAGACAGGAGGCUAUAAAUGAUUGGCUUUCCACAAGUACAAUAAAUACCAUAUAUAAAGAGUAUAUUUUGUAUUUUACUUAAAAUGUCAUUAUUUUUUCCAUGCGUGAUUACAGUCCCAGGCUGCAUGUGCUUGGAGGGCUCUGAGAUGUCACUGAAUGUAAAGCAAAUGAAACAAGUAAAAUAUACAUUUGUAUGUUAUCUCAUAUUAUGGACCAAAUGUUUUCUUGUGGCAGAGUUAAAUUAGAUUUUUGCAGCAAAAAGAGCCAUUGAGAAAUUCUUGGUUAAGAACCUUGCCAAUAUGUGUUAUGCAUAAUUAAUGUUCCCAUGUGUCUGUGUGCUCGUUAAGUCUUUAUAUAGCUUUUCUUUAUACGUUUACCUGAUGUUUGGACAUCCAGUGUGUGCAUGCUUGUGUGUGUACUCUGUAUGUUGACACACAUACGUAGGUGAUUCUGAAACCAACAGCAAUUGAUACCAUGUUGUGAACUUGGUAUACUGAAUGCUUGAUACAGAUUAAUCAGACAGCGUCCAAUUAUGACUGAUUUCAGCGAUCACCUCUGCUCCUAGUAUUCAGAAACUCAUUUCCACUUGGAAUUAAAUAUUUCUAAAUGGAAUUUGCUAUGUUAUUUCAGUGUCUCCGAAAUUUAAUUUGGGUACAUGUCUUUUACCCAGGUAACAGAUUUUUUAAGUUUGUUUCCGGUGAAAAAAAAGCAGUGUUAAAGACAUUUACAAUUUCACCUUUUAUGGUUUUCCAGAAUGUUAAGAGGUUAUUUAAAGUUUACUGCCAUAAAUAAAAGAGAACAAGUA